AUGAGGCCAUCCCGCCCCCUCCUCGCGACCUCCUGGGGGUUCCUAAGGCCCGUUCCUAAGGCCCGACGAAUGCCUACGACACCCCCUCGCAUCCACCUCCUAGCCUCGUUAACACGCAUUUACCUUCGGGGGGGCGAACCUGAGGAUCGCGGUCUCCUGCGUCGUCAAACGGAAACGUUCGACCGCGUGUUCGUUCUGGAAGGUUGCAGAUGGCCCAGUGUAGUUGUCAUCGCGUCGGCCACCGUGCUGCAACGACUGUGCCCGGCUCCCUCCUCGCGGUCUCCAGACUCCGACGCUGGCUCGCAUCACCUCCCAGCACCAUCCCCCGAUCCUCCUCGACCUGCAGAGGCCCUCCGCAGCGAACGACGGCGCUGCGGUCCUCACGCGGGCCGCCGCGAUCCAACGACCACGCCGACCUCCCCCCCACGGUCUCCAGGCCCCGACGUAUUGUGUUUCCGUGAGCUCCGUGAUGAGCAUGUCUUCGUGAUCAUCUAUGCCGUUGUCGCCAGCUACUUUGCGGGUGUUAUGGUCCGUCUGAUGCUUACACUCACACCCGUCGUUUGCGUCGCCUCUGCGAUCGCUAUUUCCUCAUUAUUGGACAUAUACAUUGACCCUACCGAACCUGAAGUGCUGGAGGAAAAUGAGGGCCGCGCGGAGUUCACACAGGCGGAAACUGCUACAAAUGCAGCUUCUACUGCCGUCGCUGGCCCGCUAAUAAGCCUAACGGCCCCGCGACUAAACAUAACGGCCCCGCGACUAAGCAUAACGGCCUCCCCUCAGCAUAACGGCCGCCCCUCAGCAUAA